UAAAUGUGGCUCAUUUUUUCGGAGAUAAAGAAGGAACAUCUCGGCGCGGGGAAGAAAACCCCACAGUGUGUCUCAGUGCAAACGGGGGCGAGGUCGCGAUUUAACGCCGCACAAACCCCUUCAACCGGCCACUGCGCUGCGUUUGGGGUGUUUUUCCUCCACGCAGAUGCUCCACAAUCUCCAGGACGCACUUUUAGUCUGCGCAAAAAGCCCACAUAAGCGGCCGCUUCACGCGUACGGGGCGACACUUUACGCAGAUUCCUCGCCACGUUGUUUGUGUUUUAAAUCACACUUGAGACAUUUCUCCGAGCUCACACGAUUCCGCUGCGGGUUUUAAACGCGUGUGGUGUUUUAAAAAGCUGAAGAAUGAGUGGAUAAUGGCAGAAAAAGACCGGCAUGGCGCGUCAGAAGAACACAGGGAGAGUGACAAGGACGGGGAGAGGGAGAAAGAAAGGGGAGGGGAACUGACAUUAAAGCAACACAACAAGGAAACUACACCGCGGAGCCACAGACGCCUUCAUUUUAUGUUUUUGAAUAAUAGCCGGAGCUAGUGUGGCGAAGUGGUGUCUGUGAAAACCUGCCCGGAGCUGCAGCCCCGGACCGCAGCCUCAAGUGCCCCGAAAAAGGAGCCGCUUCGGACCGAGUUGGAUUUUUUUAAAGGCGCUUCUCCGCCUCGCUUUCUGAGAUAUGGGUUCAGAGCCACCCAGCUCUCCACAGGUGGUGGAGGAUGGAGGUGAGGAGGAUGAAGAGGAGCUGAGUGGAGGCGAGGAGGCGGAUCUGAGGUCCAGCUCUGGCCGGGGCUCCCUGCUGACCCGGAGGGGCAUCACCCUGAGAGUUCUGCUCAAGGACGGCCUGGUGGAGCCCGGAGACGGCGUCCUCGCCAUCCACUACCUGGGGAAGAACUUUGUAGGAGACCUGUUGAACGAUGGGAAAAUCCGCUGGGUGGAGACGGGCCAGAUUUUCAACUCCCCCAGCGCCUGGGCGACACACUGUAAGCGUCUGGUCAACCCGGCCAAGAAGUCUGGCUGCGGCUGGGCGUCUGUUCGCUACAGGGGACAGAAGCUGGUCCAGUACAAAACCACCUGGCUGCACAAGUACCAGCCCAGCGCAGACAUGAGUCUGGUGAGUGAGGAGGAUGAUGAUGAGGAUGAAGAAGAAGGGAAGACCGCCGUGCAGACAGAUGAGAAGAUCAAGAACACCAAACCUGGAUUACAUGAUGUUAUGGUUUCACGGAGAACGGACAGAGAGAGGGUUCCGGUCAGAUAUUGCACCUUAGGCACCAGGGAUGCUGCCAGAGAUGCGCACACACUCGUGGAGCUGUCGGCCUUCUCAGCCAUCAACAGAUUCCAGCCUUUCAAUGUAGCCGUGUCCAGUAAUGUGCUGCUGCUAAUGGACUUCCACUGUCACCUGACCACCAGUGAGGUGGUGGGAUACCUCGGAGGACGAUGGGACACCAACACACAACUGCUGACAGUCUUAAGGGCUUUUCCUUGUCGGACCCGGCUGGCAGACAGAGACUCGGCUUCUGCUGUUGAGGAAGAGAUCUGCCAGAACCUGUUCAUGCGUGGGCUGUCCUUGGUGGGCUGGUACCACAGUCACCCACGAGGUCCGGCCCUGCCGUCGCUGCAGGACAUCGACUCCCAGAUGGACCAUCAGCUGAGGCUGCAGGGUUCGAACAACGGCUUCCAGCCCUGCCUGGGCAUCAUCUGUGGUCCAUAUUAUCACGGAAAUCAAGGCGUGGCGUCUACAAUAACUCCAUUCUGGGUCGUACCACCACCUGAGCAACGGCCCAACGACUACGGCAUCCCAGUGGCUGUGGAGGUCACCUACGUACAGGACAACUUUCUCACCAGUGACGUUCUUAAUGAGAUGAUGCUGCUGGUCGACUACUACAGAGCAGCUCCCGACCUCGUGCAGUUCAACCAGUACUGGUGUCCCGAUACGACCAUGAUGGAGAAGAUAAAGGGCUCUCUGAGUUGCCAUGCGCCCAAAGACCAGGCCUACUCUCAGAUCUUAGAGCACGUCUACAGUCAGCUGUGCAACAUGCACUGAGCGCGUCCGCUCUGCAUGUGGCCUCCGUCUCAUUUCAAACACCUUCUUUGCAGAGCCAACAGGACCAGUGUGACAGGCGUACACAAUGUCGCUUCCAAAAAAGAUGCCUUGAAUGCUCUCAUGCUUGAGUAAUUUUGCGUUGUUGUGAGUUAAAACACACUUGAGUGACUCUGGAGGUGCUAAAUUUGCGCUAGCGGCUGGAUGUUGUAUUUGUCCACGAUGGAAAAAAGUACGAAUGAAACCCUAAACCAAACAUAUUUUACAGGAUAUCACAUUGAACCAUGAGAGAAUCAGCCGUCCUCACUGGCCUCUCACCUUUUACACGUGGACCUAUGUGCCUAUCUGUGCCAGUAUCCUGUUGUGUGAGCAGAUAUUGCCAGAUACGUACAAUGUAAACUUUAUUGUCUUGUAAUUGCCUUUAUAGACAAAACCAAUGGAGCAGUGGUUGGGGAAAAACAAGUGAAAACAAGUAGUGCAAACUGUACAUUAGCAAGGUAUGGAAAGCUGCCUGUGUUUGACCUAAACUGUACUCUGCAAUAGGUGAAAGUUUGUGUUGGGUUGCGGUGCAGGUAGACCCACUGUGCCAAGUGAGUACAGUUUUUGAAUCCACCACCAGUCUAAUGAACCAGGUGUGUGUGUGUGUGUGCGCGCGCGCGCUGUGUUGUGAAUGUGCGUGUCUACUGUCUCCCCGUCAGCUCAUGUGACAUGAGUCUUCUUGGUUGGGACACAUAUUUGCUUCCUCUUUACUUGUACUGUAUUUAUUACUAACUGUGGAUUGUGUGAUAUACAUGUAUGAGGACAGAGCAAUGCCUUAAGCCUGCUGAUUGAUGAUCCACGAGGCAUUAAAAUAUACACACUGGAACUAUUUAAA